CUAGCAGUGUCGCAAAAUGUUUUCGAUUACAAGGGGAACGGUCUCCUAGUGACACCUCCUCCUUUACGGCAAAUGGAAUAUGGCGGAGGGUGAGAAAUCCCAAGACGGACUAGAGCUCAGCAAGAAAUGGCUGCAGGCCGCAGACGGCAGGACGGAGCUGCUCCGCUACCUGAAGGAGCAGGUGCCGAAAAUCUUCUGCCUGAAGAAAGAGUCCAGCCCUCAGGAGGAAGAGGAGCUCAUGCAGAGUCGACUCCUUCACCCGCUGGAGUGCUUCCUGUUUGGAGAGGACCCUGAGGAGGGUCUGGAGAAGCUCAAGCAGGGCAGCACGUCCUCGCAGCUCUGCGGACGCGUCUUCAAAGAGGGGGAGACUGUUUACUCCUGCAGGGAUUGCGCCAUAGAUCCCACAUGUGUCCUGUGCAUGGACUGCUUCCAGGAUAGCGUGCACAAGAGCCAUCGCUACAAGAUGCACGCAUCAUCAGGCGGGGGCUUCUGUGAUUGUGGGGACGUUGAAGCCUGGAAGAUCGGCCCCUGUUGCUCCAAACAUGACCCAGGGGCAGCCACUGCCAUGGUAACGGAUGAGUGUGGGUUAGAGCCCGAGUUGUACGAGCGUGCUGGGAAGCUGUUCCAGAUGCUGCUGCAGUAUGUCACAGAAUUCCUGGUUUGGGAUGAGAACUUGGAGCUGUCAGCCGAACUCCAGCCCAGGACAAAAGAAAACGCAUACUACUGCGUCCUGUACAAUGAUGAGCACCACUCGUACGACCAUGUGAUCUACACCCUGCAGCGCUCUGUCCAGUGUGAUCAGGCUGAAGCACAGACACACACAGCACUUAUCGACAAGGAGGGCCGACGGGCUGUAAAGAGAGGAACUCUUCUCUCCUGCCAGCAGGCUAAAGAUCUCAUCAAGUCAAACUCUGAGCACAUUUCGCUUCAGCCACUACGUGUAGAGAUCCUUCACUCAGCAGUCAUGGCUCAUCAAACUUUUGCUCUGCGCCUCGGCAGCUGGUUCCAAAAGAUCAUCGGAUACUCAGUUGGCUUCAGGCAGGCCUUCAGUCAGGUGGCACUGGAGCCAAACGCUGACAGAGAGCGGCCCUGCCUCAUCAGCAGACUCAUGCUGCAUGAUGCCAAGAUGUACAAAGGAGCUCGCAAGAUUGUGCAUGAACUGAUUUUCUGUAGCAUGCUAAUGGAGACGGAGUUCAAGAGGCUUUUUGCAAUCGAGUUUACAAAGCACUACAAGCAGCUUCAAAAGGAUUUCAUAAAUGAUGACCAUGAUAGGAGCAUUUCCAUCACUGCUCUGUCAGUACAGAUAUUCACAGUUCCUACGUUGGCCAGGCAGCUAAUUGAAGAGGGCAAUGUCAUUAAAGUGAUCGUUGAUACAGUCAUGGAAUUGCUGCGUGAGCAUCUGGAUGACAACAAUCGCUUCUACUUCCUCGGAUACAACUCAGACAAGUUCUCACGCAUCCAGGUCAUCUUCCACGACCUCAGGUACAUUCUGAUCAGUAAACCUUCAAUAUGGACUGUAGAGCUGCGGACAGAGUUCCUAGAGGGGUUCAGAAUCUUCCUUGGGCUUCUCAGAUCCAUGCAGGGCAUGGAGGAGGUGAAGCGCCAGUUUGGACGUCACAUUGCGGUGGAGCCAGAAUGGGAGGCUGGUUUUUCUCUUCAGAUCCAGCUCCGCCACGUCCUCGCCAUGUUUCAGGACUGGUGUUCCUCUGAUGAAGAGAUCUUGCUGCUCGCAUUUAAAGAGUGCCGCACCGUCCUGACGCAGUGCAAUAAUCAGCCCUUCCACAGAGAAGCUACAGACUACUACAUGUGCAAACACAUCCUCCAUGUUCGCCCAUACAAAGUGUCUCAGGAGCCUGUCAGCAUACAUCUGCCCAUUUCCAGGCUGCUGGCUGGCCUGUAUGUGGUUCUGUGCAGAACUGGAGCCAUCGAACGCCUGGAUAAUCUGGAGAGCUAUGACUUCACUCAGCUGGCAGAGUAUCCUCUGCGCUGCAUUGUGCUGGCUGCACAGGUCUCUGCUGAGAUGUGGCGGAGGAAUGGGCUCUCGUUAGUCAGCCAGGUCUACUACUAUCAGGACGUAAAAUGCAGGGACGAGAUGUACGAUAAGGACAUCCUCAUGCUUCAGAUAACUGCUUCCAAAAUUGACCCCAACCACUUCCUCAUGCUGAUCUUGUUGAGAUUUGAGCUCUUUGAUUAUUUUAAUGGAAACUGUUCAAGCAAAGACCAGGAUGAACUGAUCCAGUGGAACCGUCUGACUGAAGAGAUGCUGUAUCUCCUCAUUGUUAUCGUUGGUGAGCGAUAUGUCCCUGGUAUCAGUCAUGUGACCAAAGAGGAUGUGACGAUAAGGGAGGUUAUCCACCUGCUGUGCAUUGAGCCCAUGGCUCACAGUAACCUGGCCAAGGGUCUGCCAGAAAAUGAGAGUCACGAAACAGGCCUGGAGUCUGUGAUUACCAAAGUUGCCACUUUCAAAAAACCGGGUGUUUCAGGUCAUGGACUGUAUGAAGUGAAAAAAGAGCGUUUGGUAGAAUUCAAUCCUUUCUUCUACCAUUAUUCACGAUCUCAGCACAGCAAGGCAGAAGAGUCUCAGAAGAAGAGGAGGACUCAUGAGAGCAACGAUAAAGCUCUGCGUCCUCCAGUGCCCCCAGACUUCUGCCCAGCGUUCUCCAGCAUAGUGCGUCUGCUUUGCUGUGACAUCAUCAUCCACGUCCUAAGGCGGGUCCUGCAGAGAGCUGCAGAGGACCGGUCCACUCAUUGGACAGAAGCCAUGAUCCAGAGGGCCCUUCACCUGAUAGGUCAGGCGUUGCUGGAAGAGAGAGCACAGCUUGAGGACAGCUCCGAGGAGGAAGUGACCUUUGAUUUCAGCCUUAAGGCCAGAAGAAUCGGAUCAGAACACGGCAAGUCAGUGUUUCUCUUAUUGUCCAAGAUCAAGAAUGUUCCCUCCCUUGAAGCUCAGAAGGACAUGGUCAAAUGGGUUCUACAGAUGUUUGAGAUUAUCAAGUGCCUUAGGGAGAAGUCCAACCCUUCAGCAUCUAUGAGCAUGGAAACAAGCAAGCCUGAAGAGAGUGCUCAGGACAAAGAAAAAGCUGAGCGUAAAAGAAAGGCGGAGGCUGCCAAACUCCACCGGCAGAAGAUAAUGGCCCAGAUGUCUGCAAUGCAGAAAAACUUCAUCGAGUCAAACAAGAUGCUGUAUGACAACAUGCCAGAGAGCGGGACACAGGGAGAGCCUGUAGCAACAACCGAGAGCUGUGCCAUGGAGCAAAGAGAGCUGUGUGUAGCCAUUGGCCCUCACAGAGGCUCCACUCCAGUCGAGAGGGAGGUGCUCACCUGCAUUCUCUGUCAGGAAGAGCAAGAAGUGGCGGCCCAGGCCCAGGCCAUGGUGCUGACUGCCUGUGUGCAGAGGUCAACAGUGCUGACUCAGUGCAGAGGGAAGAAACUGACUGCCAUAGGAGAUGGGACAGCAUAUCCUCUCUUCAUGCCUCCUGAGCUGGCAGUCGGGACCCACACAGGAAGCUGCGGACACGUCAUGCACGCCACAUGCUGGCAAAAAUAUUUUGAGGCUGUUCAGAACACAACUAGAAAUCGUCUCCACGCUGAACUGAUCAUCGACCUGGAGAACGGGGAGUACUUGUGCCCCCUCUGCAAGUCUCUGUGCAACACUGUUGUACCCCUCAUCCCAUUAGAACCACUCGUGUUUAACUAUGAGAAUGCAGAGAUCAUUGGGCAGCAUUUGACCAUGCCUCGCUGGAUCCAGAUCCUCACCGCCAGGAUUAGAGGACUAAAGUCGCUCACUCAGGACAACGAAUGCAACACAGAAAGCAGUAGUGUUGAUGGUGACACAGGGAUGUGUGGAGAGGGCCAGCCAGACUUUCGAUCCAUUCUCAGCUAUGGAGUACAGGAACCGAGAAAGCUCUCGGACAGCAUCGUCGAGAUGCUGGUUGUGUGCGCCACCACAGUCCACAGGGUGGGACUGCAGACGGCACCCAACGAGCUGUGCCCAUGUGUGCCCCAAAUGGCUUGGAACACAUGCGCCUUCACUAUCCAGGCCAUAGAAAACAUACUGCAGGAGGAGGACAAGCCGCUCUUUGGGUCCUUACAGAACCGACAGCUCGCAGGUCUGAAGGCCAUUGUGCAGUUUUCAGCAGCUCAGAGAAUUAAGAGCUCCCAGGCUGUCAUUCAAAGGCACUUCACGGGCAUGCUGGGAGUUUUACUACCAGCCCUGAGCAGAAGGAACACCCCUUCUCUGCUGGAGGUGGACUUCUUCCAUCUUCUGGUGGGAUUGGUGUUGUCUAUUCCUUCACUGUACCAAGAGGAGGCCGUAGACUUACAGCCAUCUGCGGUCAGCUCAGCCUACAACCACCUGCAUGUUGUUCAUCUGGUCACCAUGGCUCACAUCGUGCAGGUCCUCCUGACCUCUACAGAUUUCCCUGCAGUAGCGGGGGGAGAAGAGACAGAGGAGGCGAGAGCAGCUGUAGAGCUGUGCAAUACAUUGUCACAACUCACUGGAAGGCCAAUGCCAGACGUGUCCGGAAGCUCUUUGGCGGAACGAGUGAAGAGAGGAAUAGAACCUUUCCUGCGCUCUGCUGCUCUCUUUUUCAAUUGCCUUACAGGAGUACAUCCUCCAGAGGAGCUCUCUACAGCUGCUGUUACCUCUCAAGGACAGGUGGAGGCACUCUGCAGCUACUUGGCACUACCCUCUAAUGUGUUCCAGCUCUUCCAGGAGCACAGAGACUCUGUUACUCCACUGCUACAGAGGUGGUGUGGAAACCAAGCUGUAACCAAAGCUCUAAAAGGAAAACUGCAGACAGUCAGAUACCCCAGGAGAAGAAAUCGUUUGAUUGAGCUCCCUGAGGAUUACAGCGCUCUCCUCAAUCAGGCCAGCCAUUUUCAAUGUCCAAAGUCCAUGGAUGAUGAGAGGAAGCAUCCGACCCUGUGCCUGUUCUGUGGGGCCAUGCUGUGCUCUCAGAGCUCCUGCUGUCUCAGCCCACUGGAUGGGGAGGAUGUGGGGGCCUGCACUGCCCACGCUGCUACUUGUGGGGCUGGAGUGGGCAUGUUCCUCAGGAUAAGAGAGUGUGAAAUCGUUCUGAUGGCGAGUAAGACUCGAGGAAGCACGUAUCCUGCUCCUUACCUGGAUGAUUAUGGGGAGACUGAUCCUCAUCUUGGAAGGGGCAAUCCUCUGCACCUUUGCCCAGAGCGCUACAGGAAGCUGAACCAGCUGUGGCAGCAGCACUGCAUCCUGGAGGAAAUCGCCCGCAGCCUGGAGGUGGUCAAUGUUAUGUUUGCCUUCGAGUGGCAGAUGUUGUGAUGAUUGCUACCGCUGUGGAGGCCGAAGGAGCAAAGAGCACAGCCAUAGAGCGCAAUCUGCUCCGGUGCUCGCACACUCACAUACACACAUAUACACAUCAAAACAACAACAAUCCUCCUAUAAUCAAAGGAGACCCGAGUAGCCAAUCCUUCCCUGAUGAAACCGCAGCUGGAGUCGAGAGAAGUGGGGACAGUUGAAGAGGAGGAAUAUGAGGAGUAAUAGAAGGUGAUGGAUGAUGAGCAAACCCAAGUCGCCUUGUUUUAAUUUGAUUGUCUGCUGUGAGAAUGAGUUUCUCCUAGAGUAAUGUUAUUUGCAAAGAGGCUCAUGCGAAUAAAGACAAACAUCAGAUACACACGAACAUGUUUCAGUUAUCACUUUAUGUUUUUGGUUUCUCUCCUCCUCGGUAAUGCUGUGAACUUUCUGCAUUCUGUUUUGGUGUCAGAAACUCUGAUUUGUAGUAAGUUAUAAUUGUUGAAUUACACUGUUUUGGAGGGUACUUUUUAAUUUGAAAUGUUUAAGCACAGUCAAGAAACAUACACAUUUUUGUUCAGCAGAAUAAAAACGGUCACAUCUAUUGUAGCCUGUAAUCGUAUAAUUAGACGUGUGUAAUGAAGAUAACAUUUAAAGAACACACAUGACAGAUUCAGUAUUCAGAGAAAAGUAUUUACAGUUAUCUACUUCCAAGUUGUCUGACAUUUAUGGAUCUAAGUCUACUAUUAGGCCAAACAUAUUUAAUCUGAUAUCAGCUGUAUGUUAAUGAUUGAAACUUCAUGAAGGGACCAGAGGCAGAUCAUGUUUGCUGAUACACUUCACACAAUUCAAUUUAAGUUAAAAACAAACUGUUUCAAUAAUGUAUUUAAGAAAGAAAUGUACUUUUUAUUGAAAACAUUUCAGGUAGAAUCAUAUAUCUUUACACUUAUCACAUCCAUUAUUGCUCAGCCUUUUCAGGAAGAACGUGUGAAUAUGAACUUUCCUCCUUUUUGUGUUGUUUGACAAUGCUACAUGACUUCCAGGCUGGAAAUAAAGACACUAGCCUGAAUACA